CAAUCACAGGCUUUUGCUGGAGAGCUGAUAAAGACAGUCCAGCAGUUAGUGGCAAAUGAAGGCAGGCUGUGCAGCAGGGUCUCCAGGGAAUGAAUGGAUUUUCUUCAGCUCUGAUGAAAGAAACACACGCUCUAGGAAAACAAUGUCCAACGGGGCACUGCAAAGAUCUGUCGUGCUGUCAGCGUUUGUUCUGCUGCGAGCUGUUACCGGAUUCUCUGGAGACGGGAGAGCGCUAUGGGAUAAAAAACAUUAUGUGAGUCCGGUCAAUGCAAGUCAGCUGUUUCUCUAUGACACUUUCCCUAAAAACUUUUUCUGGGGUGUCGGGACUGGAGCAUUUCAAGUGGAAGGGAGUCGGCAGACAGAUGGGCGAGGACCCUCGAUCUGGGAUCGUUUCAUCUACACACACCUGAGAGAUGUCAACAUCACAGCCAAAUCUGCCGACAGUUACGUAUUUCUGGAAAAAGACUUGUUGGCUCUGGAAUUUUUAGGAGUUUCUUUUUAUCAGUUCUCAAUCUCCUGGCCACGAUUGUUCCCCAAUGGAACAGUAGCAGCCGUGAAUGCAAAAGGUCUCCAGUACUAUAACACGCUUCUGGACUCACUGAUACUCAGGAAUAUGGAGCCCAUCGUUACCUUAUACCAUUGGGAUUUGCCUUUGACACUACAGGAGGAAUAUGGGGGUUGGAAAAAUGCAACUCUGAUAGAUCUCUUCAAUGAUUAUGCCACAUACUGCUUCCAGACCUUCGGGGACCGUGUCAAAUACUGGAUUACAAUUCACAACCCUUACCUCGUUGCUUGGCAUGGGUUUGGCACAGGUAUGCAGGCGCCAGGAGAGAAGGGAAAUUUAACAGCUGUCUACACUGUGGGACACAACCUGAUCAAGGCUCAUGCGAAGGCGUGGCAUAACUACAACAAAAACUUCCGCCCCCAUCAGAAGGGUUGGCUGUCCAUUACCUUGGGGUCCCACUGGAUGGAACCAAACCGAACAGAAAACAUGGAGGAUGUACUCAACUGCCAGCACUCCAUGGCUUCCGUGCUGGGAUGGUUCGCCAACCCCAUCCACGGGGACGGCGACUACCCUGAGUACAUGAGGACGAUGGUCGGCAUGCCCGUGCUCUCUGAGGCAGAGAAGGAGGAGGUGAGGGGCACGGCUGACUUCUUUGCCUUUUCUUUCGGGCCUAACAAUUUCAGGCCCUCGAACAUGGUGAACGCAGUGAAAAUGGGACAAAACAUGUCACUCAACUUAAGACAGGUGCUGAACUGGAUUAAGCUAGAAUAUGACAACCCUCGCAUCUUGAUUUCGGAGAACGGCUGGUUCACAGAUAGUUAUAUAAAGACGGAGGACACCACGGCCAUCUACAUGAUGAAGAAUUUCCUCAACCAGGUUCUUCAAGCGCUGAAGUUCGAUGACGUUCGAGUGUUUGGCUACACGGCCUGGUCCCUCCUGGAUGGCUUUGAAUGGCAGGACGCCUACACUACUCGCCGAGGGCUGUUUUAUGUGGACUUUAGUAGUGAACAGAAAGAAAGGAGGCCUAAGUCCUCGGCGCACUACUACAGACAGAUCAUACGAGACAACGGUUUCCCUUUGAAAGAAUCCACGCCAGACAUGCGGGGGCAGUUUCCCUGUGACUUCUCCUGGGGAGUCACUGAGUCUGUUCUUAAGCCGGAGUUUAUGGUUUCCUCCCCUCAGUUUACCGACCCUCACCUGUAUGUGUGGAAUGCCACUGGUAACAGAUUGCUAUACCGAGUAGAAGGAGUAAGGCUAAAAACAAGACCAUCCCAGUGCACAGAUUACGUGAGCAUCAAAAAGCGAGUGGAGAUGUUGGCCAAAAUGAAAGUCACCCACUACCAGUUUGCUCUGGACUGGACCUCUGUCCUUCCCACUGGCAACCUGUCUAAAGUUAAUAGACAAGUGCUGAGGUACUACAGGUGUGUGGUGAGCGAAGGACUGAAGCUGGGUGUCUCCCCCAUGGUGACGUUGUACCACCCCACCCACUCCCAUCUAGGCCUCCCGGAGCCACUUCGGAGCAGUGGGGGUUGGCUAAACACAUACACUGCCAAGGCCUUCCAGGACUAUGCAGGGCUGUGCUUCCGGGAACUGGGAGACUUGGUGAAGCUCUGGAUCACCAUCAACGAGCCUAAUAGGCUGAGUGACAUGUACAACCGCACGAGUAAUGACACCUACCGUGCAGCCCACAACCUGAUGAUCGCCCAUGCCCAGGUCUGGCGCCUCUACGACAGGCAGUAUAGGCCGGUCCAGCGUGGAGCUGUGUCUCUGUCUCUACAUUCUGACUGGGCCGAACCUGCCAACCCCUAUGUAGACUCACACUGGAAGGCAGCCGAGCGCUUCCUCCAGUUUGAGAUAGCCUGGUUCGCAGAUCCGCUCUUCAAGACUGGGGACUACCCAUUGGCCAUGAAGGAGUACAUCGCCUCCAAGAACCAGCGAGGGCUGUCCAGCUCAGUCCUGCCGCGCUUCACCCCGGAGGAGAGCAGACUGGUGAAGGGCACCAUCGACUUCUACGCGCUGAACCACUUCACUACUAGGUUCGUGAUACACAAGCAGCUGAACAGUAGCCGCUCUGUAGCAGACAGGGACGUCCAGUUCCUGCAGGAUAUCACCCGCCUCAGCUCACCCAGUCGCUUAGCUGUAACGCCCUGGGGAGCACGCAAGCUGCUUGGGUGGAUCCGGAGGAACUACGGGGACAAGGAUAUCUACAUCACAGCCAAUGGCAUCGAUGACCUGGCUCUGGAGAAUGAUCGGAUCCGAAAGUACUACUUGGAGAAGUACAUCCAGGAGGCUCUGAAAGCCUACCUCAUUGAUAAGGUCAAUAUCAAAGGCUAUUACGCAUUCAAACUGACAGAAGAGAAAUCUAAGCCGAGAUUUGGAUUUUUCACAUCUGACUUCAAAGCUAAAUCCUCUGUAGAGUUUUACAGCAAGCUGAUCAGCAGCAGUGGCUUUCCUUCUGAGACCAGCAGUCCUGCAUGUGGUCAGCCACCAGAAGAGACCGAGUGCGCCAUCUGCUCAUUUCUCACUCAGAAGAAACCACUCAUCUUCUUUGGUUGUUGCUUCAUCUCCACUCUGGCUCUACUACUGUCAAUCACCAUUCUUCAUCAUCGAAAGAGAAGAAAAUUUCGGAAAGCAAAGAACUUAGAAAAUAUACCAUUGAAGAAAGGCCAGAGUAGAGUUCUUAGCUAAACUUAUCAUUUCUGACAUGGUUUAAAGAUUCACUCCAGUUCCAAAUACUGGUAACUUACAAUGUGAGAGACAGCUGUAACCAAGGUGAUGACAAUCGAUGCCUUUGCAGUGUGGUCCAAAUCCUUCCUUUCGGUAUUGACAAUCAAUCAGUGAAUGCAGUUCUUAGAGCUGAAGGCUUCAUCUUGACAGGAAUUCUGGGGAUGACCCCAAACAUGGCUAACACGGCUUUAGGAAGUUUGAAGCAUGUUUCACAUCAUUUUUCUCUAGCUCUUCUGUAAAUAGCAAUCACUAUUCAUGGUAAAGAAAUGAAUUUUAAGUGAAGUUCUGUUGUUUUAGACUUCAUAGUUUCAAACCAUUUUGCUGUUAACUGUUUUUUGAGACAGUGUUUAUUAUGUAGCUCUGGCUGUUCUUGAACUCACAAAGAUCCACCUGCUUCAGCCUUCUGAGUGCUGGGAUUAGCCACACCCAGCUAAGACUAUUCUUCAAACUGAAGUUAGUGACAGAUGCUGUCACUUCUAACAAGGUGCUCUGUUGAGGUGAAGUAGUCCUCAGAGGGAAUGUAGAAACACAACAGAAUUUUAGAUAAUGCUUGUCCAUAGGCAGUUAAACAUACAAAUCUUAGCUUUAGCUUUUCUGUUUUGUUUUUCUUUUCUUUUUUUUUUAAAGAAAAACCAGGCAUUUCUUAAACGUCUGACUUUGUGAGCUCUCUCUUCCUGAACUUCUGUUUUGGUAUGGGGAUUUGGGGGAGAAGGUUCAAAACAGGUUAUUUUUUUGUAGCUCUGACUGUCCUGAAACUCUGUAGACAAGGAUGGCCUUGAACUCAGAGAUCCAUCUGCCUCUGCCUCCAGAGUGCUAGAACUAAAGGCGCGCCCACCAUAUCCAGGUUGGAGUUCUGAUUUUAAAAGUAGCUUCCACAACUCAUGUCAUGGAAAGAUCACAGGAUGGACAACUAGACCAAGUGUCUGUGAAGAUCACGUUCUUACAGCACGGCAAUUUCCAUUUUAAAAUAAAUUGGCAUUACUCCUAUUUCCCUGGAGGCAAGACGACCAGGCACACUUAGGAAGGUUUAAAAAGAUGUAGAUGAGUAAAGGGCAAAGACCUUACCAUUAUUCCCAGAGCCUCAUAACUCCUCAUGCACAUAGGUACAGAACACAACCAGGGUGUCUGGACUGACGAAGCCAGCAUGUCAGUUGUAUUUUACCUUUUAAGGCUAGCACUAAGUAAAUCUCAAUUUGGAUAUUUUUGUAUUUGAUCACAAACAAUAGGAAUGUGUACCCAUUCAUACCCAUUAUUUCAAGUCAAUAUAUAAACCAUGUUACCCAAUCACUGUUAACCCUCUCCAGCAAUUUAGACUGAAGAGUCAAAGUAGCUCUUCCACAAAGAGCCUUAGUAACAAAGCAUCCUAAAUGGUAAGCUGAUUUUAAUUGUCUUUCAGAUCUACCUGUUAAGAUGUCAAGACAUAAUUAGGGUUUUUCCCACCCUGUAGACAGGUGUCUCUACCCCUGGGCAUCUUAGAACUCACUCUGUAAACCAGACUCACCUGCCUUUGCCUCCUUUGCGGGGAUUAAAGGCAUGCGCCACCACCGCCUGGCCACAACUGUAAUUCUUAUAAUCACUAAUUUUCGAUAGCAUGUGCCAAAGCGAUGAGAAAUAAAGCUGCUACUGGACUAGCCGAAUCUAA